GACAUUGACUACUUGACGUGACAUUUGUGUUGCUAAGGUGAUAAUUAUUUAUAAUAUGUAUAUUUAGAUUUAUAUAUUUAUAUUAAAAAGUAUUCAGUCUAUAUGUAUUUUGAGAUUUAUUAGUUAUAAAACAAUUAGUUAUCCGUUUUAAAACAAAUAGGAUUAUUGUCGCCUGUCUGAUUCGUACCUGUGUGUUAUCAUGAUAUAAAUAAACAUAAACAGCAACGAUUAUCUUAUCUCUGUAUGUAAAGCCAGCCGGGCAGGUCUGUUUGUUCAUUAUUACAAAUUACUAGUGCGAGUUAUUCCUUUAAAAUAGUGUGUUAGUUAGUUGUAUAGUCAUGUCGGAGAGCGUGGAAGUGCACGGGUGCCCGGUAUGGGUGGCGAGCGAGCUGGCGGACGCGCGGUGCGACGCAGUAGUAGUGCUACUGGUGCCGGAAACGCCGCCCCCGCAGGCCCUGGAGGACUUCAUCGUCGCCGCCCAGCAACUAGACGCUGGACUUGUUAAGGAAUGCGCAGUGCUGAGCUGCGGCCGCGUGUCGGGCGGGCGGCUCGUGCUGUCGCCGACGGGCCCGCUGACCGCCUACGACGACGUGCGCAGCGUGGCGGAGGCGGCGCUGGCCGGCGUGCGGCGCGCGGUGGCGGCGGGCGCGCGCCGGCCGCUGCUCGUGCUGCAGCCCAGCGCCCGCUGGCGGCGCGCGCCGCUCGUGGCGCUGCUCGCCGCGCUCGAGGCGCUGUACGUGCCGCUGCAGAUCCGCGAGACCUUCCCCGAGCGCGCGGAGAGGCCGCAGGCGCUGGCCGUGUACGCGGAGGGCGUGCCGGCGCCGGCGCGGCUGCUGCGCGAGGCGGCGGCGCUGGAGGCGGCGCGCGGGCUCGCCAGGGACAUCGGCGGCGCGGACCCGGAGCGCGCCACGCCGCUGGAGUGCGCCAAGCUGAUCCAGCAGUCGCUGCGGGGCGGCGCGGUGGCGGUGCGGGUGGUGGACGACCGCGACGUGCUGGAGCGGGAGUACCCGCUGCUGGCCGCCGUCAGCCGCGCCGCCGACACCGUGCCCCGCCACAGAGCUUGCGUGGUGUUCCUGGAGUACACGCCGGCGCAGUACUCGGAGACGCUGAUGCUGGUGGGCAAGGGCGUGACGUACGACACGGGCGGCUGCGACAUCAAGGCGGGCGGCGCCAUGGCCGGCAUGUCGCGCGACAAGUGCGGCGCCGCCGCCGUCGCCGGCUUCUUCAAGGAUCACGAGUGUCGUGUGAGCGCAGGCACUCGACCUGCUGCGCGGCGGCGUGCGCGCGGUGGGCGCGCUGGGGCUCGUGCGCAACUCCGUGGACGCGGAGGCCUACGUCAGCGACGAGCUGCUGCGCGCGCGAGGGGGCGCCGCCGUGCGCGUGGGCAACACCGACGCCGAGGGCCGCCUGGUCAUGGCGGACCUGCUCGCGGAGAUGCGCGAGCGUGCGGCCGGGGAGAAGAACCCGCACCUGUACACGGUGGCGACGCUGACGGGCCACGCGCACCGCGCGUACGGCGACGGCUACACGGCGGCGCUCGACAGCGCGGCGGCGCGCCGCGAGCGCCACGCGGAGAAGCUCAGCGCCGCCGGGGAGGAGGUCGGGGACCCCAUGGAGGUGUCGCGCCUGCGCCGCGAGGACCUGCGCGCGCACGCGGGGCGCGCGGCGGGCGACGCGCUGCACCAGGCGGACUCGCUGCCGUCCGCAGCGCUGCCGCGUGGACAUCAGGGCCCCGCGGCGUUCCUGCUGCUGGCGGCGGCGCUGCCGGGCGCGCUGCGCUACACGCACCUGGACGUGGCCGCCAGCGCGGGCGCGCUGCCCGCCGCGCCGCGCGCCGCGCCGCUGCUGGCGCUCGCCGCGCACUACGGGCUCAUCGCCGACUGACCGCAACAAACUACACCACUCAUAAUAUAUUCACCAUAAUAAUAUGUGUAUCGCUAUUUUUAUACGAUUAUAUAUUUUUACAAUUGUUUAUUUGAGAAAGCAUAAUAAUCAACUUAAGAAAAUGUUAUUAAAUAAAUUCUUUAUAUAUAAA